CUUCUCUAUCCAGCUCCCAUUUAGCCAGAAAGUGAAGUGGUGUGGCUGUGGCAUUUUCUUGUUCCUUCCUUUAUCGAGUGUGAAAAUUUUGUGAAUUCUUUUUUAUACGAAUAAAUUGGAAAAAAUACCAAUAAAUGAUACAAAAAUCAGUGAAAUAAUUAAAAUAUUAACUAAAAAACAGUGAUUAUGAGUCACAACAACAGUAAUAACAACAGCAACCGGCCACCACCUCGCAUCGACGGGAUGGUGUCCCUAAAGGUUGAUAAUUUAACUUAUCGCACCACACCUGAAGACUUACGACGUGUGUUUGAGAGAUGCGGUGAGGUUGGAGAUAUUUACAUACCACGCGAUCGGUAUACCCGCGAAAGCCGGGGCUUCGCUUUCGUUAGAUUCUAUGACAAGAGGGAUGCUGAGGACGCACUCGAGGCUAUGGAUGGUCGCAUGUUAGACGGCAGGGAGUUGCGUGUCCAAAUGGCUCGUUAUGGACGGCCAACUUCCCCCACAAGACGAAAUGGACGCGGAGGCGGCGGUGGUGGAGGUGGACGACGUCGUCGUUCACGCUCACCCAGACGUCGCUCGCGCAGUCCAAGGCGCAAGCCUUCGUACUCGCCGAGAUCAAGAUCUCGCUCUGCGGGAAGCCGUUCACCAGUUCGUCGGACUAAAUUCUCACGCAGUCCCGUCCGCAAAUCACUGAGCCGCAGUAAUAGCCACAAUGGCGGUCGCAGUGUUUCGCGCAGUCGCAGCCGUAGUAGGACUUAGAUACUUGCCAGAGGCUCUUGAACAUUUGUUUGCAAUUAAUGCUGCAUAGGACCUCGAGUAUCCAACAACAUCAACAUAUACACAGGUACAUAAAUAACAUAACUAAACAAAAAACAAAAGAAACAAAAAAUAAAAACAACAUAAAAUAUUGUGUAUUGUAUUUCUAAUUUUCUAUAAUUAUUAUUACAAUGUUUAAUUUUUCUACAUUACAUUUAUUAUUUUUUUUUAUAUCGUACGAAAUCUUAUUAAAUUGCAAAAUAAGAAUAAUAUUUUUUCAAAAUACAAACAGACAAACAAAAAUCAUUUAUUAAAAAUAAAAAAAAAACGAAUAUUUUUUAUCAAAGAUUAAUUGUAUAAUUGUCUAUACAUAUUUCAAAAAGUUUAGAAAAGAAAAAAAAGGAUUUCAAGAAAAACAAAAGAAAACAUUAACAAAAUCUACUAAACAGAAAUUAUGUAUGAAAAAUAACUCAAGACCUGUCGUCUGUCAUCAUUAUUAACAAACAAACAAACAAAAAUAAGACAGUACAAUUAAAUCUUGCAACAGCAUAAACUAUUUUUUAAUUUUUAACUAUCCGAUAUGUUUUGUAUUUUAUCAAAAAUCAAAAACAGUAGAAAUUAAACUUGUAGCUUAUGGGAUAAAAUUCAAACUCAAAAAACAUAAAAAACAAAUAUCGUAUGCAUCGACAUACAACGUAGGUGAAUAAAAUGUAAUAAUAAUAAAAAAUAUUCAAAAA